AUGUUUAUAGAUGCAGAUUUAACACGAGCACAGUAUGAAGUUAUAAGAAACACGAACAAGAAGUUUUUCCCGUGUUAUAGCCUAAUUCAAGAAGCCAAAAAGAAAUGUUAUCCUCCUCCAGAAACGAUCACGAUAACGAGUACCUGCGCGGAAACCCAACUGCAACCAUUAAUUGAUAUUACUGUUAAGCGCUUAUCGGAAUUCUUAGAAGAAGUCUUAUUGACAAUAAAAGAGCAAGAGCGGAACACUUUGAAGUUGAUAUGUAAAUGGGGCUGCGAUGGAUCCCAACAAGCACAGUACAAACAAAAACUUCAAAAUGAGGCUGACUCUGAUGCAAAUAUUUUUCAAAGCUGCUUUGUACCUGUGCGACUUAUUUGCGGUAAGGACAAUCAAAAGGUGUUAUGGGAAAAUCCAACACCUUCAUCUGCCCGAUUUUGUGGUCCAAUAAGAUUUCGCUUCGUCAAAGAGACAACUGAUGUAACAAAUGCAGAGAUCAAUUAUGUUAAAAAUUCCAUUAAUAAUUUGGUGCAAAGUCGUAGUAAAUGA